GCGUGCCCGGCGGCAGCGCCAUGGCUGCUCCCUGCCGCUGGUUCGGCACAUGGGCUGCGUGAGCGGCUGCCGCAGCGCCUCUCAGCGCAGGGGUCGCUCUGGGCAGCCGCGGGCGGCCGAGGCGGCGGCGACGGCUCCGGCGGUGGUGAGGAGCGGGGCGAGGGCAGCGGGGAGCAUGCUGGCUCUGGAGCGCGCCUUGCUGAGGGGCUUCCUCAGCCCCGCGGAGUCGCUGGAGUGGAAGCAAGGCGAAGCGGCCGCCGCAGAAAGUGGAUCGUUAUUGCAGUUGCUUUUUGAUGGGAAAUAUGAGGCAAUAUUUUCAAGUCCAGCCAUCAAGGAUAUUUUCAGUGCAUCUUCUGUGACAGAAGAGAACAUUGACAGUUACUUGGAGAAACAGAUUCUAGCAUACAUGGACUGUUCUGCGGAGGCUGAUAACAUGGAAAGGCAAAGGCUGAUGUUUCUGCUUGGUGUGGGUAGUUUGCAACUCUUUGUUCAGAGCAAUUGGACCGGGCCUCCAGUUCAGUUAAAGCUUCAGGACUUUUUGCCACCUGCAUUGUUGCAGAAAUUCCAUGAGCCAAAAAUGCUGCAUGCAGCUUUUCUGAAGAUGCUGGUUCUGGAUGGUGAAUCAGUCUAUACCUUGACUUCUCAUCCUAUUUUGCUACUUAUAGCCAGAAUAAUCCUGGUGAAUUCCAGACACAAACUUGCAUCUCUUCAGACGUUAUCUUGGUGGACUCUGAGAUGUGUCAAUAUUCACCAGCAGUUGUUAGAGGAAAGAUCACCUGAGCUAUUUACUCUUGCCCAGACCUGUAUAAAACAAAUGGCAGAAGCAGAAGCUUUGUUCGGGUGUGGUGAAAGCUGGCACUUAGCAGUUCAGUUCCAUCUUGAGUGUGCCUAUACAUUUUUGUAUUACUAUGAGUACAAAAAAGCUAAAGAGUGUUUCACGACAGCUAAAGACAGAACGAAACUGCAGAUUAACCUCACAGGUGCUUUGGGGAAGAGAACACGAUUUCAGGAAAAAUAUAUUGCACAGCUUGUUUUGGAUGUCCAAAGAACAGAUGAACUCCUCAUUCCUCAUAGUGGACUGAGUCCAGCUCCAACACCUUUAGAAAACUUAACAAUGAAUUAUGAUUUAAAUGAUGACACAGUGCUUAAUGAGAUAAAAUUAGCAGAUGCUGAUCAGUACCAGCUUCCUGAUUUGUGUGCAGAAGAGCUUGCUGUUAUCCUUGGAAUAUGUAUAGACUUCCAAAGAAACAAUCCAAUACACAAAUUAACUGAAGAGGAACUUCUGGCUUUUACUUCAUGCUUGCUCUCUCAGCCCAAGUUCUGGGCCAUUCAGACAUCAGCCUUGCUCCUUCGGACCAAGCUUGAGAAAGGCAGUACUCGCCGAAUGGAGCGGGCGAUGAAGCAGACACAGGCACUUGCAGACCAAUUUGAAGAUGCAAACACAUCAGUAUCUGAACGCAUGAAGAUAUUCUACUGUUGUCAAGUGCCUCCACGCUGGGCCAUACAGCGACAGCUUGCAAACUUACUGUUUGAGCUAGGAUGCACCAGCUCUGCCUUGCAGAUAUUUGAGGAGCUGGAAAUGUGGGAAGAUGCAGUAAUCUGCUAUGAAAGAGCAGGACAGCAUGGAAAGGCAGAAGAAAUACUCAGACGGGAGCUAGAGAAAAAGGAAACCCCAGGCUUAUACUGUUUGCUUGGUGAUGUUCUUAAAGACCACCAGUACUAUGACAAGGCCUGGGAGCUCUCCAGGCACCGCAGUGCCCGUGCCCAGCGCUCCAAAGGCCUCCUCCAUCUCCGCAACAAGGAAUUCAGGGAAUGUGUGGAGUGCUUUGAACGUUCGGUGCGGAUCAACCCUAUGCAGCUAGGUGUGUGGUUUUCCUUGGGCUGUGCCUACAUUGCUUUAGAAGGCUACGAAGGUGCCGCCAGAGCAUUUCAGCGCUGUGUGACGCUGGAACCCGACAAUGCUGAGGCCUGGAACAAUUUAUCAACUGCUUAUAUCAGAUUAAAACAGAAAAUCAAAGCAUUUCGAACCCUGCAAGAAGCUCUCAAGUGCAAUUAUGAGCACUGGCAAAUCUGGGAGAACUACCUGCUUACCAGCACAGAUGUUGGAGAGUUUUCAGAAGCAAUUAAAGCUUAUCACCGGCUGAUGGACUUGAGAGAAAAGUACAAAGAUACACAGGUGCUGGCUAUUCUAGUGAGAGCAGUAGUGGACGGAAUGGCAGAUCGCACGGGAGAGGUAGCAAGUGGAUUGAAAGGGAAACUGCAAGAGCUGUUGGGCAGAGUGACUUCACGAGUGACAAAUGAUGGGGAGAUCUGGAGACUUUAUGCUCAGCUUUAUGGAAAUGGACAGAAUGACAGCAGUGAAGAUACUGAGAAGUCCCUGCAGUAUCUCACUAAGGCACAUAAAUGUGAAAUUCAGUCAAGUGACUGGGAGAAAGAUGUUUCUUCUUUUAAGACAGUAGUGAAAGGAGCCAUAGAGAUUGCACAUGUGGCUAUAAAAUGCAGCAAAACCAAAUCUAAUCACCAGGAAGCUUUGCAGAUGCUUUCCUCAGCUCGGCUCAACUUACGUGGCUUGUCAUCCAAAGCAAAGCAACUUUUUGUAGAUGUAACAAGUAAUGAGGUUCACAGGGAGAUAGCUGAUGAGGUGACAACUAUGGACAACAUGAUUGCUGAACUCCAGGAACUGAGCAACCAGCUGAGAGAUCAGUGCUGACACAAAGACCUCAUUUCACAACAGGAAGGCAAUGUCAUGUAUCUUUUGCCACAACUUGUGCUGGUGAAAUUCUAAUGCAGCAACACUCUCAAUAAACAUUUUUUCCUGUA